CUCUUCUGUCAUAUUUUGGAUACGAAAAUGAGUCGAGUUGGAUUUUCAUCAAUGAAUGAAAAGCAAGUCUAGCUCUGUGAAUGCUUUGACGGCAGGUGAUGUUGUUUAAAAUCCUUUCUAAUUUAAAUCUCUGUGUCAAAGUCGGCUGUAGCGAAACGACCUUCACGAACGUGGCGGCGGAUGGGUCAACUACUGAUAACAGCAGCGCUCCGUGUUUACAUUCGUGUCUUAUCAGCGACAGAAGAAUCAUGACAGCGAACAUCGCGAAGAAACUGUGCGGUAAAAUCGCGGUUGUCACCGCCUCAACUGAUGGGAUUGGUUUUGCAAUCGCAAAGAGGUUAGCAGUGGAAGGUGCGAAAGUGGUCGUCAGCAGUCGCAAAGAAACCAAUGUAGCAAAAGCUGUCACCAGUCUACAAAAUUCUGGACUUCCAGAUGUUUCAGGAGUAGUUUGCCAUGUUGCAAAGGCAGAGGAUCGUCAUAGAUUAUUUCAAGAGGCUCUAACCAAAUUCGGGGGCAUCGAUAUCUUAGUUUCAAAUGCUGCUGUCAACCCAACCGUUGGAACAAUCUCCGAUUGUUCAGAAGAAGCAUGGGACAAAAUAUUUGAUGUCAAUGUCAAGAGUGCAUUUUUGUUGACAAAAGAAGUGAUUCCAUUUCUACGGAAACGGGGAGGGGGAUCUAUCGUCUAUGUAUCAUCCAUUGGUGGUCUUUCCCCAUUUAAGGUGUUAAGCGCCUACAGUGUAAGCAAAACUGCUCUUCUAGGAUUGACGAAAGCUGCGGCGCAAGAUGUUGCUCUAGAGAACAUACGAGUAAAUUGUCUAGCACCAGGUAUAGUUAAAACUAAUUUUUCCAAAGCCCUCUAUGAAACCGAGUCAGCCCACGAGACAGCUGUAUCUAUGAUACCCAUGGGCAGGCUGGCUCAGCCUGACGAGAUGGGUGGAAUAGUCGCAUUUUUAUGCUCUGAUGAUGCUUCGUACAUCACAGGUGAAACUUUUGUCGUUGCUGGUGGUAUGCAAAGUAGACUCUAAAUGAAAGAAUAUCCAACUUAGCAUAAUUUUUUUAAAUUCAAAUAUCAGAUUUGUGUAUGUGUUCAGUCUCCAAAAGUAUGUUAAUCUUCCCAGUUAUAUUAUAUCAAAAAGUAAAAAGCUGCAAUAAUUAUUCCAUUACUUUUAUUGGGGGCUUUUUGAGGGCUCAAGGGGAAAGGGGAUCUAAGCCUGAGGAAACGUUCAAGUGCUUGAACCAGGGAUGGCAGUGUCAUAAUGGCAGUUCCUCAAGUAGUAUCAGCAAAUCGGCAAAUUUUUUCCAUGAUUACAUAAUAUUUAGGAGACUUCAAAUAAAAUGUAAUAAUAGCAAAAAUGAACAAAACUCAAUAUUAUAGCUGUCUCUGAAAGUAGUGACAAUAAUUAAUUUAAUAAAUUUUUAAGGUGAUGGCUUGUAUCUUUAAUUUUGUUUUUUUUUUGUUUUUUUUGCUCUAAUCCUAUAGAAUUAUUUCAAUUUUUUUCAAUAUCCAUUUUUUUCGAUUUAUUUGUGAAUUGUAUGGCAAGAAAGUUUAAAAUAAUUCCUGAUUCAUGACAGAAUCCUUUGGAUCCAAUUUGUUGAUGUCUGUUAAUUUUUUUGCUCUGGAUUAACUCAUACUAAGGGUACUCUUUGAAGUUAUGUCAUGGGUUACUCUUAUGGCCUCUUAUGGGCUCUUAUGGGUUACUCUUUGAAGUUAGUUCAUCAUUUGUCUAGUGCAUUUUUUAAUUUUUGGAAGAUGCACUUCCAUUUCAUAGAUUUAGCUCACAAAUAUGUUUCAAAUUGAAUUAGUGCCAAGUGCCCUUUCUGUGAGAACGCCUCCACAAAACCACUGAAGUCUUCCAUUUCUUCGCAUUCUUCCAGUCUUUUAUUUUUCCACUUUUAAUAUUAAUUUCAACUCAGCUCAAUAUUGUUGAAUUUUCUUUCAAUCUUAUUUGUUUUAUCUUGUUUUUUUUUAUUUUUAUUACUUAAAUUUGUUUUGUAUUAGAUUUUAAGCUGUGUAAUUUUGUUGUCAGGUUAACUGUUAAGUUUUUUUGAGCAUUUGUUUUAUACUCGAUUUUGAAUUAUAUACAAUAUAACAAUAA